AUGGCCAUUGAGAUUAUGGGUGAUUGUGUUGUGUCGGGAGAUCAGCUAAUCGCAAACGAGAUCCCCGUGAGAACAUUGACUACAGAGGAACAAGCCGAGGUCACACAAUACAACGCUCAAUUGCAACAAGUUCAACAACAAUUCAAAGAACUCAGUGAUCAAUUGAGAAAUCUGAGCGAAUCCUCAGCCAAUUCUGCCACUACAGUCUCCAUGGGUAAUAAAGGAAAAGGAAAAGGAAAAGGAAAGGGAAAUAAAGGAGGCAAAAAUGGACAGGGAGGAUGGGUGACUCCAUCACCGGCGGCUCAAGCUCUGAUCGAUCAAAUCGCCAACCUCACCGGUCCAGCGUCCCCUUCUUUCUGCAAUGGAUCCGACACGAUUCUCUAUGAUUUCAUCGGAUGCUCUGUUCAGAACUACAAAGUCUACAUUGGACGCACAUUUUUGAGAAAUCUCACCACCGCCGAGGUGACGACAAUGAAUACUUUCAUCAAUCAGUCGAACGCUUGGGAGCAAUGGAUUAUGUCGCAAAUUCAGAGUCAAAACUUCGGUGGACAUGGAGGAAAAGGUGGAAUGGGUGGAAUGGGUGGAGGACAAGGAGGACAAGGAGGACAAGGAGGACAAGGUGGAGGACAAGGUGGACUGGGUGGACUGGGUGGAGGACAAGGAGGACAAGGUGGAAUGGGUGGAGGCAACGGAGCUCACGGAUCAACCACCACUUCAUCCCUCAGCAAGGCCUCAUCUCCAUCAUCUGUGUCAGCCUCUUCCUCUUCUUCCACUUCAACUCCAUCCACCACUGCAACCACUUCAUCGCCGAUCUCCUCAAAACCCCCAUUCCCAACAAUGCCCCAAUUCUGCACUCUUUUC